AUGGACCAGGGAUCGACCUUCGACCAGGUGAAGGCGCUCUGCGCUGCCUACGCCAAGCAUCUCCACAAGAACCAUCAUGCCAUCGCAACCGUCAUGACUGCCUACCAGAGCUACUCCGUCACAGCAGACGAAAUCGAGCGCAGCAUCGAGUGCUUGACGUCUAUCGACGAGAUCAAACGACACCUCGUCACUGGUCGUACCAAGCGGGUUUGUACUUUCUUCCCCUUGAAUCUGCCCGUCUACUCUCUGGUCCUCUUCGCCGUGGUGCCAUCUCUCAUCAGCGACGAGGUCUUCCUUCGUCCCCCUCAGAAGAUGAUCCCUGUGUUCCGACAGCUACUCGGCAGUCUAUGCCUGGCAGAAUUCUUCCCGAACAUUCACGUGUCGUUCAGCGAUCGAGAGACGUUCGUUCGAGAACUCGUGGCAGAUGCUGACGUGACUAUUUUCACAGGUAAGGAGUCGAAUGUGAGACUUGUUUUGCAGAAGACGAGGAAGAAUAGCAUCUUCCUCUUCAAUGGCUGGGGUUGUAAUCCGAUCGUAGUAGCAGCAGAUGCCGAUAUUGCAAAGGCUGCUUCGAAAGCUGCAGAAGCUAAGCUCUUCAAUGCUCGACAAGACUGUGCUGGACCUGACAAUAUCCUGGUCCACAAGUCUGUCGCUGACCAGUUCCUAGCACAGCUUCAACAUAAGGUGAGUCAGGCGAAGGUAGGUUCCUACAGUGACCCCGAUGUCCUCGUCGGUCGAAUCGCCGAAGAUUCUGCUCUUGUCCGUCUCGCGUCCUUCCUGCUCAAGCAUCAAGACAAGAUCGUUUACGGAGACGGCAUCGACUUCGCGAACACGAUCGUCUGGCCAACUACGAUUGUCGCACCACUUGCCGAGCAGACCAACUACGAGGAAUUCUUCAGCCCGAUCUUCUACAUCAACAUCUUCGACGACGACGAUCAGCUUGCCCGUUACUUCGACUCGCCGCAGUACAAGGCUAACGAUAUGUACGUCUCGUUGUUCGGCACGUCUGCGUAUGUCAAGACUCUCACCAAGUCGAUAGUAUACCACGAGCAGACGAUCCUUGAUGUCGAGCGUGGCAAUCAUGCCUAUGGCGGCUACUCCUUCGGCGCCUCGUUUGUUGCUAGCAACGGUAUGACCGAUCCGCGUCCUAUCUUAGUGCCAAAGGAGAUAUCGGAGUUCAUCCAAGGCCAGGCAAAAGCACAAAACCCGAUCUCGACCACCCCCAAAAAGCUAUCAGCGGCCCAGCAGAAGUGCAUCCAACGCGACGUCACAGACUUCAUCACUCAGCACUUCGGCGACAACCUCGUCUUCGGCUUCGUCUUCGGAAGCCUUCUAGCGAACAAAGCCACCAACGCCAGCGACAUCGACAACAUGAUCGUCCUGAAGAUCCACAACGCCGAGCAGGAGGACGCCUACCUCAUGUGGUUACGCAAGUACCACGCAGAGAUGGGCAUGACUUUCGACUCCGUCUAUCCCACCGAGUCUUCACGCAGACACACCUCGAUGUCAGCCUUGCUAUAG